CCUGUCAUGUGUCUGCAGCCUCUUAGUCAUCCCCUGUACUGUCUGCAGUCUCUGGUCAUCCCCUGUACUGUCUGCAGUCUCUGGUCAUCUCCUGUACUGUCUGCAUUCUCUGUUCAUCCCCUGUACUGUCUGCAUUCUCUGGCCAUCCCCUGUACUGUCUGCAUUCUCUGGCCAUCCCCUGUACUGUCUGCAGUCUCUGGUCAUCCCCUGUACUGUCUGCAGUCUCUGGUCAUAUCCUGUACUGUCUGCAGUCUCUGGUCAUCCCCUGUACUGUCUGCAGUCUCUGGUCAUCCCCUGUACUGUCUGCAGUCUCUGGUCAUCCCCUGUACUGUCCGCAGUCUCUGGUCAUCCCCUGUACUGUCCGUAGUCUCUGGUCAUUUUCUGUACUACGUCCGCAGUCUCUUGGCCACCCCUGUACUGUCUGCAGUCUCUGGUCAUCUC